AUGCUCGACAGAUUUCUUGAUGCUCGCAUCAACGAGCGGCUCGCGGGCGUGACGGGCUCGUUUGGACCAUCAAAGGAUAUCUCUCACACAAUACAAACGCAUGGCUCGACAAAACAUGCGGUAGUGCGUGUAACUCUGGCACAAGAAUCAUCUGGAGGCCGAGCUUCGCAAUUCAGGCUGCAAGUGGUAACCCCGUUCUAUGUCUCCCUUGCCACCCACAAGAGCCUUCGCGCCCUGUACCUGCGCCUGCGCACGACCUUAUACGACUUGAAAAUGGCCGACGGUGAACUUUCUCCAGUCUUCGCUCUCGCCUCGGCUGCCGGGAUACUGCGUCGCCCCUGCGACUGUUCAGUCCCGUUCGCCAGCCGCGAAGCCGCAUCACGCACACGAUUGGAUCCACCGUACAACGGGCUGAUAACGGACAGCGGCUCGACUUUGCUUCCUUCACGCAGCCUACGCUGACAUCAAUGCCGAAACGCCAUCCACCUCGAGCGCCU